AUGAGUAAUAAUGAUGCAACUUUAGAUCAAUCAACUAGUGACAGUAUUCAUAGUUUAGACUCAAAUGAUUUUAUAAAACCAGAAAAUUCAACUCGUCAACAACCUCGACCAUAUGCUAAUGAAGCAUUAAAUCAAGAAUUGAAUCCAGAUACUGAACCUGAAUUAUAUGCUAAUGUUUUAGCUUAUGGUGUUCCUGAAAAUGGUGAUGAAUUAACAAGAGAUGAAGCAAGUGUUCAAAUGUCAAAAGUAAUAUCUCGAAGAAUGAUAGGUACUGAUGAUAUAUUAAGAAAAGAACAAUUAGAAAAUGAUGAAAUCCUACCUAGGGUAAAUGAAGAUUCAACUGAAUUACCUCCAAUGUUACCAAAUAGAGAUCCAUAUACGGUUGGUUAUUUAGGAGUGAAUGAUCCAAUACAUCCUCAUAAUUAUUCACUUCCGAGAAAAUUAAAAUCAACUUUUGCUUAUGCAAUGUCUGCAUUAUCAAUAGCAAUGGGUUCUGCAUUGUUCAGUGCUGCUCAAACUGAAUUAAUGAAAAUUUAUCAUAUAAAUGUUUCUGUAGCAGCACUUAAUACUUCCCUUUUUGUACUUGGUUUUGCUGCUGGUCCUGUGAUAUACGCUCCAUUGAGUGAAUUAUAUGGUAGAAAGACAUUUAUGUGUUUGGCAAUGUUUUUAUAUGCUGUUUUUUCAUUUGCUGUUGCAACUGCAGAAAAUUUACAAACUAUUAUAAUAUGUCGUUUCUUUGCUGGGUUUUGUGGUAGUGCUCCUGUUGUUUUAGCAGCUGCGGGAUUAUCAGAUUUAUUUAAUACAAGACAAAGAGGUUAUGCAAUUACUAUAUUUUCAAGUAUGUAAACAAAGAUUUUUAAUUUGAGAGUCUAUUACUAACUUUAUUUUGGUGGUUCUUUUUGGUGGUCCAAUGAUUGCACCUAUACUUUCAGGUUUUACAGUUAAGAAUUCAGCAUUAGGUUGGAGAUGGACAUCAUAUUUUUGUGGUAUAUUAGGUGCAUUUGCAUUUGUUUUAGAUAUUUUCUUAUUAGAUGAAACCCAUCAUCCAAUUAUAUUAGUUAAGAAAGCUGAAAUGUUAAGAAGAAAAACUGGUAAUUGGGGAAUUUAUGCACCUCAUGAAGAAUUAUCAUUAAACCUUAAAGAAAUUGUGGAGAAUAAUAUAACUAGACCUUUGAAAUUAAUGGUUACUGAAUCAAUUAUAUUAUUGGUCAGUAUUUAUAAUGCUUUUAUUUAUGCUAUGUUAUACAUGUUUUUAACUGCAUUACCUAUGAUUUUUGGAACAAGACGAGGGUGGAGUGAAGGUGUUCAACAAUUACCAUAUAUUGCAAUGUUAUUGGGUAUAUUCAUUGGCUCAUUUAUUAUUAUUUUUUUUGAGAAACGUUAUUUGAGAGCAAUGGAUGCAAAUGGUGGUAAACCUCAACCUGAAGUAAGAUUAUCUCCAGUGAUGGUAGGUGGAUUCAUAUUUGUUAUUGGUAUAUUUUUAAUGGCAUGGCUGGGAGAUUAUCCAGCUGUUCAUUGGAUUGUACCUUGUAUUGGUGCUUGUUUUGUUGGUUGUGGUUUAAUCUCAAUCUUUUUACCAACAAUGAAUUACAUUAUUGAUAGUUAUUUAUACAUUGCAGCUUCAGCUUUGGCUGCAAAUACCUUCAUAAGAAGUGGAUUAGCAGCGGUCAUGCCCCUCUUUUCAUACCAGAUGUUUCAUAAUUUGACAAUUAAAUGGGCUGGGACUUUAGUAGCUUUACUUGCAACAUUAUUACUACCAAUGCCGUUUUUUUUCUAUAAAUACGGUAAAGGAUUAAGACAAAGAAGUAAAUAUUCAUAUAAAGGUUAA